AUGAGAACAUUUCAUGGCCUACCACUUUCUUACGUCCGGUUUCUGCGGUUCGGACUGCUCAUAGCUACAGCAGGAGUGAACAGUCAUGCUGGAGCUUGUUAUCCAAUUCGUCGGGUGACGCAGACUCUGAUCAUAGUUAACAAGCGUCACGAUCCCGCCAUUAAGCUGAAGGCGGCAGCUCGUAAUGGACAUGAUUUGCACGAUUCAUUCACGAUGUCUACGCAGGUGGUGACUGGCGGACUUAAGUCCGCCAUGGGACAACCUUCCACCAGUUCU